AUGCCACUGACAAGUGCAUCGUUAUCGCUUUUGCAAAAGAGGCAUAGAAAGAGGGGGUUUGAUCAUGUCGCUUCAUACGUGGCCGAACAAGUUGCCUAUCCUCCUGGACAAAGUGGAGACGAGAACGUCGAAACGGACAAUCCCGCUUCCCCAAGAAAAUCAUCGAUCAUCUUACUGGGCGAAGAAGCAGCUGGUCCCUCUCGAAGUGCAGCCCAGGGUCACAUCCAACCAAAAGAAACCUGGUCAAAGUGUGAUAGGAAGAGUGACGAGUCGCCUGGGCCUGCAUUGACGCUCACUGCCAAAACGGUAUCAAGAAAACGCCAACGCUAUGAUAGCUCUUUGAUAUCACCAAUCAAGGAGAAUAGUGCGGAAGAUGGCAUCAGAUACGGAUCCGAGACAACAUAUGUAUCUUGGUCCACAUCAUCCGGUCGAAAACCUGCAGAUACUUCGCGAGUGACUGCCGCAAGGGAGGCUUUUGAAAGGAGAAAGAGGCACAAGAUGCAUGAGUCUCGGCAGAAACCCGCGAGUACAAGCAAAAAAAAGGAAAGCCAAAAUGGAAAGAAGAAGAAAGGCAAGGCAAAGGAGCCUAGACUACCACAGCCAGCUUUUGGUGUUUUGGCGUCGUCGGCGGUUGAAUCGGAGCACCUAUCGGGUGCAAGAUUGACGGUGAGACCGCGAAUUACUACCGGGUUAUUCCACAAAGGAAGAAUAUCUGGACUCAAGAGUCGAGCGGCCCUUCCCGAUCUUACGUUCUGCGAAAUGGACUUCUUAAGAAAUGGGCCAUCAGAGAGCCGCCCGGCUCAGCAAACUGGGGGGGGGAAAGGCAAUGGUAAAAGGCGGACAGAACGUGACACUACUAAUGAAGAGAUAUCAUCGUUUUUCAAGAGAGCCGCUUCGCCUCUCAGAAACGAGAACACAGGCCCUCUCCCGAGCCGUGCUAAGCACUAUGCAGCGCCACUAGAAGUACGAGAAAAAUCAAAACAGAGCAAUAGCCAACCAGAAAACCAUCCAACAGCAAGCCACUACAAAAUUUUGUCACGGGAUGACCAGGAAAACAAUGCACGGGAUCUGCUAGAAAGAAAAUUGUUUUGCUCCCCUUCUUACCUACAAAACUCACCAAAUCGAAGCAAAGCAUCCACCUAUACCCCGACCUACCGAGUACCCCACUCAGAGCAACCUACUUUUGGAUCGCUUUCCGUCAAUUCUUCCGGAAAUACGCAUCGAAUUCGCCAACAGGCUACAUCUUCAGAGACGGGCAAUCCAGUCGUGAAGUGGCUCGAAAGAACGUCUCGAGAAUACCAACAAGAACUAGAAAGUGAUAUUCGCGAUAAGCGCUCCUUCCUAGGGUCAUCAGUCCGUGAGUUUAAUGGAUUGGGCGGCGGUCCGAACCCCCUCUCGGCAAAGAUACCAGCCAACUCGCCAAUAUUACAAGCCAGAGUUGAGAGGGAUGCGGGUGUUGGAGAGAGGUUGAGUAUUCACCCCGAUGAGAGUGUAAUAACGGGCGGUGCAAAUAUAUCCCUACCACGGUCCCAGGUGGAGAGAUCCAUCCUUCGUUGGCAAUCUGAUGUGGUUCGCGAGCCCCACAAGUCUUUCGGACCCCAUGACGAAAUUUUUGGUAGGCCCGUCUAUAGCUUGCAAGAAGAGACUGAUAUACAACCUUGGCAUGAUCCAGACCCGCGGCACCUAGCCGGCGGGUUAAACGAUAGGUUCACGUUCGAGCAACCAAUACGAAAUGAUAACAUUACUAUGGAUGACCACCCUGUGUUGUACCAAGCUGGUGUCCCAGCAUCGGGGAGCGAACAUGCUUACCCACCCAAAGAAGGUGUCCUUUGGAGUGACUUGUUGGGGGCGGCACAGAUCUCAUUAGGCAGUAACCAAGACCGAAGCCAGGAAGCGGAAACAACCAGUCUCUAUUUCAACAAUCGAGGCUUGGUUGCCGAAGAAUGCGAAUACCAGGCCACCCGAGGGAAAAGGCGAGGCGGGCCAGGCAUGGACAGUUCCGACGGGUAUGCAGACUUUGACACUAACUUGGAAAAAAAUGGGAUAUACGAAGGCGGGGAUUUAGAUGGCUUGGGUUGUCCUAUAGUAGGAGAAAAUGCGAAUGCGGAUCUUCAAUCGGAACAAGAUCAGGCUCCUCACGUGAGAAACAGUAUUUCAGAAAUGCCGCAGCUCGGGCCGAAGAAUUUCUGGAGACCACAUCGACUUUACUAA